UUCGUCGUUGCUGAGGGGAGGGGGGACUAGGCCGCGGGGCGAUCGACAUCCUUCCCGACUCUUGUAUGGUGAGGAGUUGUGUUCCUUUAUUGGACGGUUUUUUAAUGGACCUGCUGCUGUUUAGAAUGAAUCCCUGGACUUUUACUAGUGAACGUGAAGGACAGAAGUUCAAGUUUUAUAUUUGCUAAUCCGAUUGAAAAAAACUCCCGUUUCACGGUUGGAGGAAUAUUCAGGAUCUGAAAAAUGACUGAUAAUUUAGACCAAUUUAUUAAAGAUCAGAAGGCCAAGUUGGCCAAAGAUAAAAUGGAAUUGGAGAAUGAUCCCCCUUAUAUGGAAAUGAAGAACAAAGGUACAGACAUGCAUUCUGAGCAUAGCAAAAUGUUUAUCUCCAUGGCUAAAGAAAAUAUACCACCACUCAGCCAACAGACCAUUGAUCCCACCUUUAGAUUGACUUUGCCACUUGGAGAAGAUUCUGAAGAGAAAAUGCGUACAUUACGGGAAGAACUUAAGCAAGAUUACCGACAGUAUCUCUCUCAGGGCAUUACGGCAAAAAGAAAGAAAAAUGUUUUAUCUACUGGUGAAGUAGAUCCAUCUACCCUAGGAGUCUCUCUUCCUAUUGGUGAGAGGUUGUCUGCCAAGGAGAGAUUGAGGCUUGAAAGAAACAAAGAGUACAAUCAGUUUCUCAGGAGUAAAACAGAUUGUCGUGAAAACUUCAUUCCCUUGGACAAGAAAAGCACAGAGAUUUAUUUUCAGAGAGGAGCAUUUUCUUGGGUCUUAGAACUCUUCCACAGAACAUCCUGUUACAAGGAAGGAUGUUACACAGUAAUCCAGGGACUCCCAGAAGAGAUGACAGUAUUCCUUCCCCGGGGCCCCGAAAAGAGCGGCUACAUCCGAAGCGAAUGGAGGAGGAUAGGUUUUGCAGACUGGUUGAUGGACACUGAGUUAACGAAUAGAAGAAUACAUAGAAAGCCUGAUGAUGUGGAUAUUCUAGUAAGCGGCACCAAGGAGCUGCCACUCGAUCUCAUACUCCCUAUUACAAGUCAUUGUAGAAUUAAUGACAAUUGUGAUUGUGAUAGAAGAUAUUUCAGACCAGAUUAUGGUCCUGAAGCAAGAAAAACAAUGGAGCAUACUGGGUUUAGUAAUGACAUUGAGUAUGACAGACGACCUAUGAGGGUAAACAAUAAGAAUGACAGAAUGAAAUCAAACAGAUGUGAGACAGUAUCACCUGAGCAAUAUGAAGAUGACUUUCGAGAACAAUCAAAAGCACCAGUCCUGUCGAUUGGAAAGAGGUACAUAAACUUUUAUUUUCUGUCAGUGCCUAUGUUCAAGACAGUUCGUCUACUAAAGAAGUACCCAGGCCUCCCACUGGUCCACUCACAGGAUGAUUUUUUGUGUCAUGACUCAGAUUAUAAUUCCAUAUGGAUCGUCUGUUUAGACUAUUCCAAACAUUAUGGUGAUGAAAAGGAAAAAGAGUUGGAGCUCCGUGUUGCUGCUUCUGGGGCUCAAGACCCUGAAAAAAAUGGAGGUUGCAGUGAGAACAAGAAAGGAGAACUGAAAACAAGGAACUCAGAGGAAUGGAAAAAGCAGUACAUAUUUGCUGCCUUUUCAAUGCUGCCAAAACUCCAGCAGCUUAUGAGACAUCUGUGCAUGCACAACACUACAGAGGGAUGUGCAAGCAGUUCCUCCUGGGAAAUAAGAGACUUGGAUCCAACUGUCAAGACCUAUUAUGAAUGCCUUCAGCUUUUUGACUUGGUUUGGGACAGAAUGGCAGCUGUCCCACCUCCUCCCCCUCCAGUUUUUACAUAUGCCUACAAAACUCCUUAUGAUGAAGCUUAUAAUUACUAUGGGGCGAGAAACCUUUUGGAUUCUAAUCCUGAAUAUUAUGGCCCAGGAAGGAUGGGAGUGGAGCCUACCACUUUUCCUAGCGCACCUGUAGCCGAACUGUCAUCACAGUCUGCUGGGAAGACAAGUACACCGGAUGCUACAAAGGAGAGAAUAAGAAUUUGUGGAAUGAUUUUUGAAGAUAAACCAAAAGCUACAAAAGAGGCAAUUCAGGCCUAUCAAAAAGAUCUGGAGCAACAGCCCCUGUUAUUCAGCCUGUACUUGAGACUUCUCAAAAUGGCAGACAUCAGCGAAUGGGAGCUGGGGCACCCCUGUCGAGAUGCAGAAGGCAAACCGUUAACUUCUGCUGUGGCGAAGAUGUUUAGUAAGGCUCUGACUCCUUUCCAGAUAAAUAACCAAGAGUCUUACAUGAAUUGUCUUCAGAUGCAGAUUAAAGAAAAAGAAGAAAGAUGUAGAAAAGAAAAAGAACUGGCAUAUUAUGAAGCUAAGAUGGAAGCUGAAAUGAGAAAUUACAAUCUCUUGGGUAUAGAUGGUUCAGGAAUAAUAGGAGUGCAGCCUUUCUCUUUUCCUAGUGCACCAGGGGCUGAACAGUCAUCAGAAUCUGCUGUGAAAGAAAGUGGACCAGAUGCUUCAAAGGUGAGAGUAAAAGCUACGGGAAUGGUUUUUGAAGAAAGACCAAAAGCAAUGAAAGAGUCAGUUCAGGCUUACCAAAAAGACCUGGAACAGCAGAUUAAAGAAAAAGAAGAAAGACGAAAAAGGGAGAAAGAAGACCUAGAGCGGUAUGAAGCCAAAAUGGAAGCUCAAAUGAAAAUAUACAAUCCCUGGGGAAAAGGUGGAGCUGGUGCACCUUUGCGAGAUGAGAAGGGAAAUCUGAUAACUAAUUUGAACAUGAUGCACAAACAAAAUGUAGAAGUCUAUCAUAACCCAGCUGCGAGAAUACGUGAAGAGAAAAGAGCUGUGGUGUUUGUUAACCCAAAUAUAGUCAUUCCACAGGCUGAGAACGUAGAAGAUUCUGCAAAUAAAAAUUCAGCUUCUCCUGUUGAAGAAGAUAUAUUUAAUAAAGGACUAACACCCCAUCAGAUCAGAAAGCAAGAGUCUUACAUGAAUUUUCUCCGUAUGCAGAUUGAAGAAAAGAAACAAAGAGCGAAAGCCGAACGCGAGAGGCUUAAGAUUGAAGAAGAAAAAGAAGAAAAGCGACUAACAGCCCAGAGGGCCAGAAUUCAACAAGAAUAUGAAGAAGAGCAGAAAAAACAAAGACAGAAAGAAGAAGAGCAAAGAAUAAAAAGUGAGGAGUUAAUUAAAUUUGCUGAAGAAAGGAGAAAAGAGGCAGAAAGAAAGAAGGAAGAAAAACAGGUUCAACAACAAGAAAAGAAGGUUAUAGAUGAAGAAGAAAUCAAGAAGGAUUGUAUACAGCCGAGAGUCCCAUCUCCAUAUGUGUCUACUACAAAAACCCAACUGCUUCCAGAUGAUGAGAGGAGAAAAGUACUUGAUAGCUUAGCAGCUUUAAGAAGGCGGCUUCAUACUGAGGAGCAACGUGUGAAAGAAGACAUAAUAAUUAUGAAUCAUGAAAAUGAAAAAUACUUAAGGAAAAGAGAGAACAAUAAAUUUAAUGCUUUUAGUCUGGGCCGACUUGGAAAGCAAAUUUUAACCCGGCCACAUACAUAUUUCAAAGGAACAGAUCCCCAGACUAUGCGGAACAUCCGUGAGUUUAACGAGCUUAAAUCGAGAGAUUCUGAAACCCGGGAAUAUGUAAGGAAUAUAUUCCCCAGUCCUCCAAUUGAUGACAUAACACUGGAUAUUCAGCAACAGGCUCUGUUAAGAGAGCAACAGAAACAAUUAAAUAAAAUGAAAAUGAGGGAAUGGGGAGAAGAAUUUGAAACUGAGGAAGAUGAUCCACCAGAUAGUGAAAACACGCUCACUCUUCAGGAGCAGGCCCAAUUGAGAGCCCAACAAAAGAAAAAGAAUAAAAAGAAAAUGAAGGAAAAGUUCGAAGAAUUUGAAUCUCUCUCUAAUAUGAGUGUACUCCCUGAUCCACCGGACGUAGAACACACUAUGACUCUUCGGCAACAAGCUCAGUUGAGAGCCCAAAGAAGGAAAAUGCACAGAAAGAAAAUGAAGGAUCGUUCGGAAGAAUUUGAAACAUUUUCAGAUGCGAGUGCAUCCCCUGAUCCACUAAGCAUUGAACACACUCGGUUUCUUCAGGAACAAGCUCAAUUGAGAGCCCAGCAUAAGAAAAUAUAUAAAAAGCAAACCAGUGAACCUAUGAAAGAAUUUGAAGCAUUCGCCGACGUGAGUGCACCCCCCACUCCACCAAAUGCUGAAGACAUUCUGACUCUUCAGCAGCAGGCUCAGUUGAGAGCCCAACAGAAGAAAGUGAAUAAAACAAAAAUGAAUGAAAAUUUUGGAGAUUUUGAAAUAGCAGAUGGGAGGAAUGCGUCCCUCGAUCCACCAAACUUUGAACACAGUCUCACUCUCCAAGAACAGGCCCAAGCUAGAGCCCAACAAAAGAAAAUGAAGGAAAAACAAAGGAAAGAAAAUUUUGAAGAGUUUGAGACAUUCUCAGAUGUGAGUCCACCCCCAAAUCUACCCUCCAGUGACCACCCUCAGACUCUUUACCAGCAGGCUCAGUUGAAAGCCCAACACAAGAAAGCACCCACAAAAAAUAUGCCUGAAACCUGUGAUGACUUUAACCUACAGAUCAUGGAACUGGCUGAGGAUGAAUUCAGGGACAAGCCAAGGGACUUCAUGAACAGUUCACUUUUGGAAUCUGACAGUGCCUUUAUCGGUGCUAAUGGGGAGCCAUUUGCUGUUGAGGAAAACAGAAGCUAUACAUCAUUUGCAAGGGAAUUCAGGAAAAAACCUGAAGAAUUUCCCGAUACCAUCUCCUUAUGCUCCGAAACCAGUAUAAAUGUUGAAGAACUUAGAACCAGAAAUGAGGAACGGAUGCAAAGACUCAACGGACUCCAAAAGAAUCUCUCCUCAGCAGGUCGGGACGACAGCGACAAUUUCCUGCUUGAUCCCGACGGCUCUCUGAAGCAGUGCUCCCCCGAGGGUGGUGAAAGAGCGGAUUCGGCAACGACCCUGGCGUCUGAGCCCUGGCUCCGCCCAGGAACUUCGGAAACGCUGAAAAGAUUCUUGGCGGAACAGUUCAACCCCGGCCACUUUCCCUUGGAAAAUCCAGUCGCUUUUCACUGGCAGGGCCUGUCGACGGCACAUGGCUAAAGCCGAUGGAGGUUUGUGGGGGAAUGAGCUCUGCUUUUUAGGAUGAAAGGAUUAUGGGAAAUGAGAUGCACUUUGGGGCUUUUUCCCUCCUAGAAAGGUGUAGCCAGUUCAGAUGGACAUAUGCAUACACUCUAAAUUGCAGAGUGUUUAAGACCCCCAAAUUGAAAUGACACUUGGGGCAGUUGCCCAAUGCUGUAAUUUGUAUUUUUACUUUGGUGGUGUUUCACCGUGCCUUUGGCAGCCUUGCUUCCUCUUGAGCAAAAUCUCUCUUCCCCCACUUCAGUCUGGAUUUGGACCUGUUUCCUUCCCCUCCCCACCAUCGCAGUCUCCAGGCUAGCUCUUAGGUGCCAAGGCAUUGCUUUUGUUUCUUGCUCUUCUGUCAGGGACUCAGCCUCCUCCUUGGCCAGCUUCACUCCACCUCCCCGGUCUCCUUCUCUACCUCGCUCUUGACUCCCAUUGGUCAGGUCUUUCCCCUCUAAGUACCUCAAUGUACUGAUGCAUUUAGUUGCCUGUCCUUACAUCAUUUGUAUCUAUUUCAGCUGUUGGAGGUUUGCAAUUUGUGUCUACUCAUCUCCAUUAGAUUACCAAGGUAUGUGAGGUUAGGGAUAGAGUUUUUUUUCAUAGAGGGCUCUGCACUUGGGAGGUGCUUGAGAAAUAAAUACUGAUUUCCUCUUCAGCUAAGCACUAAUUACACGCUGGUUAUCCAGGUACUGUUUUAAUUUAAUGUAUAAUUUAAGAAAUGGUUUUUGUGAUCAAUUUUAACUGUCCAUGGAUGGCAAUAAAUUUUUAUUUUAUUACCA